AUGAGCUCGGCACAGACGACUCCAGCAAAUGAGUCUGUUCCUGCAGACACUGCCACGUCCGUGCCCGCGACGGAAGGAAACCUUCCUGUCGCUCAAUACCACCUUCUGCAACUGCAGAAGCGUGCUCAAGACUCAGCUGACACCCCGUCAGCUGUUCUGUAUGGUUCGUCGGCGUUGAACACCGACGGCAGCAUCCCGAUUGACUUUGGGUCUGACAUCGAGGAUGUCCCCGUGGAGGAGGACGAGGCUGCACUCGGUUCUGGGCCUCGUACGCCCUCACCAUUUCCGAAACGUCCUCCAUCAGGACAUUCCGCGGUUCCCAUGGCUCUCGCGCUCUGCUUGACCGUGUUGCCGCCCUGCAACCGAAGCUGCGCGUCUUAA